CGCGCUCCGCCAAUGGGUAGCCGGGCGCGGGGCGGGGCCGCGGGGCCGCCGCUUAAAGAAACUUGUUGCGGGUCCCGGAGCCGGAACCGAGCGUCGGCGGCGACGGCGGCGGCGGCGGCGACGGCGGCAGGGGCGAGGGUCGGGGCCACCGCGCGGCGACCUCGGGUCCCGGAGGGGCCGCAGGGCAGCCCCGGGCGCCGGCCCCGGUGCGCGUCUCCUGUGCGCGCCCCUCCGCGCGCGGCCCCGAUGCUGGACAUGAGUGAGGCCCGCUCCCAGCCGCCCUGCAGCCCGUCCGGCACCGCCAGCUCCAUGUCGCACGUGGAGGACUCGGACUCGGACGCGCCGCCGUCUCCUGCCGGCUCCGAGGGCCUGGGCCGCGCGGGGGGCGCGGUGGGGGGCGCCCGGGGCGACCCAGCGGAGGCGGCGGACGAGCGCUUCCCGGCCUGCAUCCGCGACGCCGUGUCGCAGGUGCUCAAGGGCUACGACUGGAGCCUGGUGCCCAUGCCGGUGCGCGGCGGCGGCGGCGGCGCGCUCAAAGCCAAGCCGCACGUGAAGAGGCCCAUGAACGCCUUCAUGGUGUGGGCGCAGGCGGCGCGCCGCAAGCUGGCCGACCAGUACCCGCACCUGCACAACGCCGAGCUCAGCAAGACGCUGGGCAAGCUGUGGCGCUUGCUGAGCGAGAGCGAGAAGCGGCCCUUCGUGGAGGAGGCAGAGCGCCUUCGAGUGCAGCACAAGAAGGACCACCCCGACUACAAGUACCAGCCACGGCGCAGGAAGAGCGCCAAAGCCGGCCACAGCGACUCGGACUCCGGCGCGGAGCUGGGACCCCACCCUGUCGGUGGUGCCGUGUACAAGGCUGAAGCAGGGCUUGGAGAUACGCCCCACCAUGGCGACCACACAGGGCAGACCCACGGGCCGCCCACCCCGCCCACCACCCCCAAGACGGAGCUGCAGCAGGCGGGCGCCAAGCCGGAGCUGAAGCUGGAGGGACGCCGGCCGGCGGACAGCGGGCGCCAGAACAUCGAUUUCAGCAACGUGGACAUCUCGGAGCUCAGCAGCGAGGUCAUGGGCACCAUGGACGCCUUCGACGUCCACGAGUUCGACCAGUACCUGCCCCUGGGCGGCCCCGCCCCACCCGAGCCCGGCCAGGCCUACGGGGGCGCCUACUUCCACGCCGGGGCGUCCCCCGUGUGGGCCCACAAAAGUGCCCCGUCGGCCUCUGCGUCGCCCACCGAGACGGGUCCCCCGCGCCCACACAUCAAGACAGAGCAGCCGAGCCCCGGCCACUACAGCGACCAGCCCCGAGGCUCGCCCGACUACGGUUCCUGCAGCGGCCAGGCCAGCGCCGCCCCGGCCGCCCCCACCGGCGCCUUCACCGGCGCACAGGGCGACUACGGCGACCUGCAGGCCUCCAGCUACUAUGGCGCCUACCCCAGCUACGCACCCGGCCUCUACCAGUACCCCUGCUUCCACUCGCCACGUCGGCCCUAUGCCUCGCCCCUGCUCAACGGCCUGGCCCUGCCGCCCGCCCACAGCCCCACCAGUCACUGGGACCAGCCGGUGUACACCACCCUGACCAGGCCCUGAGGGCCCGGCUGUGGGGAGGGACUCGCGGGCGUCAGGGGGCAGCCUUGUCCCGGCCCAGUGUGCGUGGCCAGGGCGGGAGGGGCCCCGGUGGCUGAGCGCCAUCAAGUGCCUGCUGAAGUCUGCAGGGAAGCAUGCUUGCCGCCCAUGGCCCUCGGCCUCCAGAUGGCCACACCUCCGCCGACGACAGACCAGCUCCCUCUCCCUUCUCUCUUUCUUUUUGAGGUGGCGGGAUUAUUCCACAAAGAAGGGCUGCCGUUUGGUCCCUCUUCUGUGAGGACCGGCAGCACCAGCACCUUCGGUUUGCAUCUCGGUAGAGGAGAAACGGCAGCACAGCCCAAGGACCAAAGGAGGGGGUGGCAGGGGCCUUGCAGGGCGCUGUGAGGUCCAGGCCCUGAGGUCCAGGCUGGCCUUGGCGCUGAAAGCCCCUGCAGUCACGGCCACAUUCCCUCGACAACGGCUGCACGGGCUGUCCGGGAUUCGGGGUGUCUGUCCGCACACCCUCUGGGACGCGUCUGCUCGAGCAUCUCCGGGACCCGCCUGUCAGAUCUGAGGCGUCUCCUGGCUGACAGAGUGCGCCCGCGCAGUCUGGCUGUGAUUAACACAUCUCUCUUUUAUUUUUAUGUUUUUGAUAAUUUUUUAUUUUUGAAGCUUAAAUGUGUUUCUUUUGAAAGCUGUUAAAGGUGUAUUUAUGUUCUGUAUUAUUUUAUCUUUAAUUAAUGAGGUAAUUCGGGCAAAGAGUAGAAUUUAAGACAAAACGGAAGCUGGGAAGCUUCCCUUGAGGGCAGGCAGGAGGUGGGGUUGCCGCUGUUGGCCGGCAUCACGUUGCUCGGCUUAUGGGAGGCCGCCCUGGAGGGCCUGGAGGUCCCAAGGUCCCUGGGAGGACUGGGCCCCUCAUGCCUGGAGCUUGGCAGCCGAAAACCCGAGGGAGGAGAAGGGAUCUGCCUUGUGAUAUCUCUGAUCAGGUUGGGGUGCCCCAGUACCAGUCUGGAGUUUGGGAAGCAGGACUCCGUCCCUGUGCCCGACUAUGCCACGUGGUAGGACACAGGACACAGGAAUUCCUGGGAAGUGGUGGCUUCAGAAGUGAUCUUGGCUCGCAGGCGCCAGUGCCACCUACCAAGCUGUGAAACUAAACCUUCUCCACUAAACGUCGUUAGGGCCUUAGUUCUAGGCGAGUAAUACCUGCUUUACCUGCACUGCUUCCCUUGUGUGCUGAGCGUAGAGCAUACAAUAGCGCCUACUUCACGGAACCUUGUGCCUUUAAACUUUGUAAAUUUAAACACACCCGAGAAGUUGCUUCUUUGUACUUUUUCUACUUUUCCUACUUUUUUGUAGAAAAAAAAGAUACUGUCUCUGCUUCUAUUUCUCUGGGGGUGGGGGUGGGGAGCGCCGCAGACCCGUUUUAUGCAGCGUCUCCCUCGGCACCGCGUUCGGAGGACGCACCCUCACUCGCCUGCUGCCUUCGCUCCUUUCUGACCAAGCAACGCUAACUUUUGUACAGAUUGAUUUGAUAAAAUUAAACAAAGUGCUUUUUAUGGA